AUGGGAAAUUCUCAAAAUAAGAAAAGUGUUCGUGUAAACCAAAAUCAUACCGUGCAUUCAACUCGGGACGGUCAAUCAUUUACAAGCCAGUUCAGUUUGUCCCAUUUCGCUGGUAACCUCAGUGGACGCUCUUUCGUCAGUGUAACAAGCAACCAGUCAGUUUAUAGCGCAUCACGGCCUUGGUCUCGUGUUUCUAGAAAAAGGUGGAAUGAUUCAACUUUGAAAAACCCACUAGAAGCUAGUAAAACAGCCUGGCCGGUUGCACACAAAGAGUCCAUAUUUCUACCCGAGUAUCCUAUAACAGUUGAACUUCUACAGAAAGACUUUGAAAUAAUAGAGACCAUAGCAAAAGGUGCUUUCGGGGAGGUAUAUAAAGUUAAUAAGACUAGUGAAAACAAAGAAUUUGCUCUCAAAGUAUUAAAUAAAGCUCAGAUAAUUAGUGAGAAUUCGGUUAGACAAGUAAAAGAAGAGGCACGUAUACAGGCAGCUGUUGGUCAUCAUUCGUACAUAGCGGGAGCGGUUUCGCGUUGGCAAACGAAGAAAAGACUGUAUAUACUUUUAGAAUACAUUCCCGGCGGCGAGCUGUUAGCAUUACUAGACAAGUACGAAAAGUUAACAGAGGAACUUGUUAAGAUAUUCGUUGCAGAGAUUGCUAUAGCUAUUGAUUUCCUUCACAAUGCUGGCGUAAUAUACCGUGAUCUCAAACCAGAAAAUAUUCUUCUAGAUACAGACCUUCACAUACAACUUGUGGACUUCGGCUUGUCCAAGUGGCUGUCCGUCGGUUCACGUACUACGACGCUCUGCGGCACACUCAAAUACAUAGCGCCCGAAGUAUUACAACGAGAACCGUACGGUCACGCAGUGGAUUGGUGGUCGCUCGGGGUCAUCGCUUGCCGAAUGCUGACAGGACAGUUUCCGGCGCCUGCUGUUAAUGUGUCAGCAACAACGGGCAGUUCUACGCAAAUGCCAUCUACAAGUAUGAAAAUGGACUACGAAAAUAAUAGGCUUGAAUUUAAAGCUAUUCAGCCCAAACCAGGUACUUUGCCAAGUUGCGCGAAUGAGUUGUCAAAUUCAGCCAGAGGCUUGCUUUUUCGACUCCUCGAUACUGAUCCCAAAGUUCGCUUACGAAGCUUAAGGCAGCUACAGCAAACAGCAUUUUAUUUGAAAUUUAAUUUCGAACAUGUCAAAUCUAAAAAGAUUUCACCCAGACAGGUUUUAGAACAUUUUUUGGGUUCUGCUUCAUCCCAGAAUAGACGUGAUAACUUAGCACAAAAUUUUACAGAAUUUGAUCAACCAUUGUCUUUGUAAAAACGAAAUGUAAAAGAUGUUUACGGUGCCAUUUUAGUAUAAAAUUAUAUAUUUCGAAUAUAUCUACUAAAUGUCACAAAAAUGCGUUUAGUUAAUUAUUUAUGAUCUGAAAUAAUAAAUAAUCUCUAUAUUCUCUCUAGUUAUUGUUAUUCAUUUAUCUGUAAUAAUAAAUAAAUAUAAAAAUUUAUGUACUACGUAUUAACGUUUAAAGAAAAGUUUGUCAACAAGAAUAUGUAUAAUUAAAUUAAAUCACUUGCAAAAUUAUUGUAAAAAAAAUAUGAUGACAAAACCAUAAUCUGUAUAAUUUUCCAUUUAUUAAAUAGUAAUUAGUUUUAUAAUAUACUAGCGACCCGCCUUGGCUUCGCACGGGCGCUAUGCUGAUACUAAUUAUAAAAAUAAUAUAAUAAAUAUAAUAUAUAAUAUAUGCGCAA